GUAGGCGUGGCACGUGUAUGUCAUGUAGUAAGAAAAAAAACAACAAAAUGUUUUCGAUCCAAAGUUUGAGCGAUUUUAUCGAAGAGAAACUGACAACUGCUGCCUUAGAGAUAUUUCAUUUUGUCAGAAAAAGCAUCGUCGAGCACGAGGAGGAGCUCGAGCAUCGACGUAAACUGCUGGAUAUCGCCUUGAAUCCUCACGUGCACUUAAAAAGAAUAGAUGUGCAACAGCAGCAUGCAUGUAAGGAGGAGCAGGUUCAGGCUGAUCCGCAGCUUUGUAAUAGGGAGAGGAACUCCAGUGCGGACCGAGAGCCUCCACGGAUUAUAGAGGAUCAGGAGGAAUGCGACAGCUUUAAAGAGGAGGAGAAGCUCACACUGAAGCAGGAGACUGACACAAAAAAUUUGCCACAGCAACUUGUGUGUAAGGAACAGGAGGUUCAGACAGACCUUCAGUUCUGGAACCAGGAGAUGAACUCCAGUUUGGACCAGGAGGAACUCUGCAGCUUUCAGAGGGGCGAGCAGCUUGAACUGAAGCAGGAGACUGACACGUUUCUGAUAGCUCCUAUUCAUGAGGAAGGAGAGUCUGGUGAACCUGAACCACAAAAUGAGCAGCAGCUCCUGUCUCGUGACUCUCAUGUUCCUAAGAAUCGAGAUACUGAAGUAAGCAAGCACAAGGACUCAGAACCAAAACAAAAGAAAAAACUUGGCAAAAGACAACACCAAAACACUGAAGCACCAGAGACUGGCUGUGAUUCUCACAAAGGUCAAAAGCGCUUCAGAUCUGUUAAGAAUAGAUUACAGACGCAUCAGCAUGCCCACCCAGGUAGAGAAGCACAUACUUGUGAGACUUGUGGGGCAACAUUCAGGUACAAGGCAUCACUGGCACUUCAUAUUGGAAGUCACACAGAGCUCCCACAGGAACACGUGUAUAAGGAGGUUGUGGUCGACGAGCAGCUCUGUAACCAGGAGAGGAACUCCAGUCCAGACCGAGAGGAGCCACGGAUUAAACAGGAACCAGAGGAGCCCUGCAGCAGCCGGGAUGGCGAGCAGCUCAUUCUAAAGCAGGAGACUGAGGCGCUCAUGUGGGUUCCUGCUUAUGAGGAAAGUGACAACGGCGAACCAGAACAACAACAUGAACACUUGUUCCUUUCCUACAACUCUCAUGCUGCUGAGAAUCAAGACCCACACAGAAGCAAGCAGCCCUGCCCACCAAACAUAAUCCACCAAAGCAGUCACAACACUGACUUGUUAAAGAAUCAAUGUAACCCUCACCAAGAUCAGCAGUCAUACAAAUGUGACACUUGUGAUGAAAUUUUUAGGAGUAAGUCAGCGUUACGGACACACCAGCGUGUCCACACUGGGAAAAAGACACACUCUUGCAAGAUCUGUGGGAAAAUGUUCAGUUUUAAGUCAUUAUUGACAGUUCAUGUAAGAAGUCACACAGGUGAGAGGCCAUUUUCUUGUAAAACAUGUGGAAAAAGAUUCUGUCAGAUAUCAGUCUUGAAGAAGCACUAUCGCAUUCAUACAGAUGAAAAUCCGUAUAAGUGCAAAAUAUGUGGCCGCUCUUGCAGAGAUAAUCAUGACUUGAAGGUGCACAUGAGGACCCACACAGGUGAGAAGCCUUACUCCUGCAACACCUGUGGAAAAACCUUCGGUCAGAUAUCAAAUUUGUACAGCCACAUUCGCAGUCACACAGAAGAAAAGCAGUUUAUAUGCGACAUAUGUGGCAAAUCCUGCCGAGAUAAUCACGACUUGAAGGUGCACAUGAGAACACACACGGGCGAGAAGCCGUUCUCCUGCAACACAUGCGGAAAACGCUUCUAUCGGAUAUCGCAUCUGAACAGUCACAUGAAAACUCACACGAGUGAGAGGCUGUACACUUGCACGACAUGCGGGAAAAGCUUCUGUCAGAUGUCGGUGUUAAGAAAGCACAUUCGAAAUCACGAAAAGCCGCUGUCGUGCAACACCUGCGGCCGGCCUUGCAGGGAUAAUCACGACUUGAAAGUCCACAUGAGAACCCACACCGGUGAGAGGCCUUACUCCUGCAACACCUGUGGGAGAACGUUCCGUCAGAUAUCGAAUUUGUACAGCCACAUAGUGGUUCACACAGAGGAGAAGCCAUAUGCAUGUGAUACGUGUGGAGAGAGAUUCUCUCAGGUAUCAGUCUUGAAACAGCACACUCUCAUUCAUGCUGAUGAAAAUCAGUUUCUGUUGGAAACACAGUAGCCACUGUACCAGAGAUUUUCAUGACUUGAAAUUCCACAAGCUUGGUCCCCACUCUUAAAUAAUGUUAACAAGGAGGGGAACUUGCAGCUUAUCAGUCACCAUCUGUUGUUUUUGUUGUUCCAGUUGUCCAGAUGUGUUUUUCCACUACUUACUAGCUUUAAUAGUCAGUACGUUUACAUGCACAGUAACUCAAGCCAUGGUUAUAGCUCAGAUAGGAUGCUCAGCUGGACUCCUUUCUAUUUUUAUAAGCACUAGAGAAGACCUGAUUUAUUGAUGGAAACAUGUCCCAACCUCUAUGCUAAGUGGCGUACCACUUUCUAGAUAAGUGAUACUCAACGUGGCUGUUGAGCCAUUUGUUUGUGCAUUUCCAUUGCCCUUGUUUGCAAUUUUUCGCACUUUUAAUCCAUUUUUACUGCUUUAAGCCCACUUUUGUCACUUCUUUUUGCCAUUUUUUGCCCAGUUCUGACUAUUUUAUCCUGCUUUUUACUAUUUGCAUU